AUGUUGAGUUUCUGGGGGAAUUUGAAGUGGAAGCAUCCGAUUGCGACGGUUUGGUGUCUGGUCUCGGGCAUGCUGGAAGAGGUGUCUCAUGAUCUCAUCCCCAGCGAGAAUAAUCUGGACUUGUUUGCAUAUUCCUCGUUGCCCCAUGAAGAUCCUGAUCUGUCGUAUCUUUCAGACUGGGAACUUGACGAGAAGCCUGACAAACUCGAGGUCUGA